GGGAAGGUGCAAGCGAUGUCUGUGACAUCCUCAAAAACGGGUCUUUCAAUCGACUUGUUUCUCAUUUUGAGCGACUUUAACGGAGUUUGCUUCUGUUUUACAGCAUCGGAUUCUGUAUUUAUAAUCUGAAGUUUUGGGGCAUUACAUUCGGUACCCAACGACUCAGGCAAAAACAUGAAUUUAUGACUUUUAGAGACAUCUGAUACGAAGGAUUAUUCUGUUAUUUACAAUUCCCGACGCGAAUGAAGAUUAUGGAUGUAUUGACAGAAAAUAUAUUUGCCAUUAUUAAAUAGUAAUUGCUGGAGUAUAAAACGCGUUUCCUUCUUGUGAAGGUUUUUCAUUUCCCCGAUGAUGGACGGCAAACAAUCUUCAAGGACUUUCACACCUGCUUGUGCAGUUUUUGCCAACACAUGAAGAAGAAACAUGUUUGGUCCGACGAAAUCUCGGAGUUUAUCAGACAGGGCUAUGAGGAUCAGACAUGGGAAAAAAGUCCAACAUCACUCUAAAAUACACUUCAUAUUUAUUUUGCUGCUGCUCAUAUUCACUCCGAGGGUUGAUUCAUCGUGGUGGUACAUCGGAGCGCUGGGUGCUCGUGUGAUCUGUGACAACAUUCCUGGCCUGGUGAACAAGCAGCGGCAGCUCUGCCAACGGCACCCGGACCUGAUGCAGUCCAUCGGAGAGGGAGCCAAAGAGUGGAUCAAAGAGUGCCAGCACCAGUUCAGGAACCACCGCUGGAACUGCACCACACUAGACCGAGACCACACGGUGUUUGGCAGAGUGAUGCUGCGAAGCAGCCGUGAGGCAGCGUUCGUGUACGCAAUCUCUUCGGCCGGAGUGGUCUACGCUAUUACCAGGGCCUGCAGCCAGGGAGAGCUAAAGAUCUGCAACUGCGAUGGCCACAAGCGGGGGCAAGACAGUGACGACAGGGGCAAUUUUGACUGGGGUGGAUGCAGCGACAACAUCAACUACGGUAUCAAAUUUGCCAAGGCUUUCGUAGACGCUCGAGAGAGGAUGGUGAAAGACGCUCGCGCACUGAUGAACCUGCACAACAACCGGUGCGGUCGUAUGGCAGUGAAGCGGUUUAUGAAGCUGGAGUGCAAGUGUCACGGGGUCAGUGGCUCCUGUUCUCUGAGGACCUGCUGGCUCGCCAUGUCUGACUUCAGGCGAACCGGGGACUACCUCCGCAAGAAAUACAACACAGCCAUCGAGGUGACCAUGAACCAGGACGGGACGGGCUUUAUGGUAGCUGACAAAGACUUCAAGGGAAGCACCAAGAAUGAGUUGGUUUACGUCGAGAACUCACCAGAUUACUGUCUCACGGACCGCUCUGCAGGCUCCUUGGGCACCGCAGGCAGAGUGUGCAACAAGUCCUCGAGAGGCACAGACGGCUGUGAGGUCAUGUGCUGUGGGCGGGGCUACGACACCAUGCGAGUCAAACGUGUCACCAAGUGCGAGUGUAAGUUCAAGUGGUGCUGCGCUGUGGAGUGCCAAGACUGCGAGGACUUGGUUGACGUUCACACCUGCAAGCCCCACAAGCGACCCGAUUGGCUGGACAUAACCUAAUGAGUAGGCUUGGCCAAUCACAAGUCACCACUGACUCAAUAACCUGCGCUAAAGACUGCAUUUUAUUAUAGGAUAUAUAAUUGGGAUUUCCUAACUGUAAUAACUCCUGCUUUUGAUCUUCUGACACUCCCUGAAGCAGAGACUUCACAGACCUUGCCGCUAAACUGGAAAUUAGGCCCAGUUACUGAUUGUCUACUGCUUUAAUAGUGUUUCUGAGAAUUUGUUGAGCUUUUUUAAGACAAACUUUGAAUCUUUGAUACAAAAUGGCUGAACAUCAUAUUAUUCUGUUGUAAAUUCACCCUAGUUUAAAGCAGAACAAUGCUCUCUGCUUGUUUUACAAUGUGUAAAAUGUAUGUAAAUUUGACUGAUUAUAACAACAACUAUUUCGCCUGAAGAGAAAAAGAUACAUAACGAAAGACGGGAAAAUGUUUUAAGAUAUUGUAAAAACACUGACUUUGUAUCAUUUAAAUGAUAUUGGAAUGGUACUGCUACAAAUCAUUUAAAAUACAAAAGACAGUUGCUGCUAAUGAGUGCAACAAACUUAUGUAAGUCAGAGGGCUCUGGUGAAAAAGUUCCUGAACGAAUAAGAUCAUACAAUCACACUGUGAACAGAAAGGAGACGCAAACAAGAGACAAGUUAAAGUGGCUGUAUAGUUGCUGCAGAACUGCAUUUAGCACAUUUUGGGGAGAAAAAGGAGUCAUUAAACAGGAAAAAUUAAGCUUCAUAUGGACUGUUUUCACAAAUGGUCGAACACAUUCUGGCUGUUUUGCCUUAAUGUGAACUUUAUUAUUUCUACCUCUGGUUCUUUGUCUCUGUUUCCAUGUUUUGUUCCAGUGCUAAACCCACAGCUUCAAUCAAUUGCCCAGGUGCAGUGUUCAGGCAGAUGUUAAGACAUUACUGCAACACAAAGCCCUAUAUACAGUAGGUCAUAUACUGUAGUGCAGAAGAUGCUCAUUUGAUUAAACCCGAAAUCCAUCCGUUUACCUGAUAAUCAUCAGAGAACAAAUUUGUCUUGAUGACCCAAAGUUGUGAAAUGCACUUCCACACAAACUGCUGUGUAUUGAUUUUGUGACUUGUUAGUCUUCAGUCUCAUGGAUUAAUUAUUUAGAAACUGCCCCUCCUGGAUCUUAUAUAAUGUACCUUAAACAACAUGCAUGCAGCUGGCAUACCUUCAGUCCUCUAUAUCCAAUAGUGUACCUACUUAAAGUUUCUCUUGGUCGUACUUGUUUUGUGCAUCUUCCUUUAAUGCUUUAUCGGAUGCAGUUUCUUUAUUUUGUUUCCGUUUAAACAUAACCUCCUUACAUUCUGUGUUGAUGCUGUCCUAAGUUCAAGACAGCUUUUAAAGAAAUGGAUCACUUAUGGUGACACACAGGUCAUAGAUUUAUAGAUGAUGAACUUAUUCAUGAUGUCAGUUACUUAUGGUGGUAUAGAGCUUGUUUUUAAUUAGCAUCACUGUGAUUACCAUCUUCAACAGACACUUCAGCUGUUUGUGCUGCUAAUAAUGUUAUGCCCUCAAAUUGGAAGGCAUUACAAAGUACAUUUAAAGUUCAAUUAUAUGCUGCUAAAUUUUCAUAGAUCCUUAAUAAAACUGAACGGCAAGAUAUAUACUGUAAAGCUGAAGAUCCUAAUUAUAAAGCAUCCUAUGAAAACACAAGGUUUCUGUUUAUGCUUAAAUCUUUACGAAGUCUUGUUUCAAACCAAUUCAGCUUUUGUCAUCAUCAGUUGGUCUUCAUUGCAGUUGCAAGCAAAGCAUGUGUCUUCUGUCAACCACUUUUGUUGUGACAGAAAACGUUCACAAUGCAAUCUUAUGCAACUGUGCCUUCAGUCCUUUGUGAACACAUUCACUGGCUCAGGCUAGUUUGUGAGAAGUGAAGUAUUUUGUAAAAGCGGGCCAAGAAGUUGCAGAAAGAGCUGAGGAAGCGGCAGACCCUGAAUUGGACUUUUCAACAUCUGGUAACGCAGCCAGACAUCAUGCUAGGCCAUUGGAGACACAACCCUCACAGGGGUUUAUAGAUCUAAAUGAAUCUGACAACAAGCGGUGGAUGCUGAGAGUCAACAGAUUUUUUCAAGUCCACGUAAUGAGGAGGGGAGCCAAAGCUAAGUGCUUUGAACAAGGCCAAAUGACACACUGUGUCAAACGUUCACAAGUCAAAAGUUAAUUGCAAACAAAGGAGUCUGUUAUGAAUGUAAAUGAAGAGCAUGUUGGCUGUGUUUUUCUUGAAGAUUAGAAAGGUGAGAGCUGUUCACAUACAGUGGGGGCCGACCUCAAAAGUUCAUAUUUCUAUUCCCCAGUUCUUCUGACUGAUAGAGCACAGUUUGGAAAUAUCACAUUUGAUUCCUAAAAAAGACAUUGGAAACCCCGGCCUCCACUGAUCCGUUUAUAGAUUUGGAUGUAGAACUGCCUAAAUAAAGUACAAAAAUUCCCCAUCACCAAUCAUUUUGAUAAAUGAUUCAUCAUUAGAGUUAUUUUUAAAUGGCCCUUUCAGUCUCUCAAAUAGAUUUCCUAUUUUGCUGUUUGUAUUCAACUAAAUAAUUUUGGGUUUUAUACUGAAAAGACAUCAGAAACUAGACUUUAACAAAAUAUGAAAAACUUGGAUGGACAUUUUUCAAAGUUGUAUGACAUUUUAAAAGCAAACAAUUGAUUGAUUAAUAAACAUUAAAACAUUUAAAAUUUUGAGUCGUGUAUUCAUGGCGGCAAUGGAUUUAAGAAUUCAGAUGUUUUUUUAAUUACAUUUCACCCAAAAUUAAUAUGUGUAUAUUUUACUGAUCCAAUGAAUGUUUGACGUUCAAUCUCAGCCUGAAUUUUACAUCCAGGUUUUUUUUUUUAAAAUCAACAUUUGGAGCAAUGGUGUCCUAGAUUGUAAUAGUGUCUAGGGAGGUAUUUUCACCUUUGAAAUGCAGGUCCCAAAAUACCUUACUGGCUCUAUAUUAAACCUUGUUGAUCCUCCCUCUGCAACUCCUAUUAGAGGUCUUCCGUUCUCUUACAGCUUACAGGGUCCCUUGUGUUUUAGCCCUGAUUCAGUUAUGGCAGGGAGAGGACAAAGAUAAUUCAACCAACCAUGUUGGUGUUUACCAGUUCAGUCAAGUCAAUGUUUUACCAGAAACGAAAGGGACUGGUUACAAAAAGGGGCAAUAUUGGACAAUUUAAAAUCAGGGGACUUACUAUUAAAAAGAAAUGUCAAGCAAUUACAUAAACUGUACAUACUGAGAGUAGAUUAAUAAUGCUUCACCGGUGUUCAAAAUCUGACAAAAUAUCUGUACUGCUGUGUUCCCCACAAUGUGUGAUCCAGUUGAACUAUGUAAAAAUAACAGGAGAGGCAUUGCAAGCAUUCCUUGCCAUCAUAGUGAUAUCAAAUGGGCAUCUCUAUUUGACAACAUUUCAGAGCUAAAAUUGGCCCAAGGGAGAGACUUACCGUGUGGUCCACACGGAGGUUUCACAUUCAGGGAAACCUGAAGAGAGAAAUGUUGUAAUCCCUCAUUACAAUUCAUAAGGAGUCAAAAAAUAUUCAGAGUUGAGUCAGUCUUAUACUAAACAUUUGAAUAUUCUCCUUGAACUUGUCUGACUGGUCCAAAACACUAUACUGUCUCUAAUCAUAUGAUUAAUAUCUAUGAUGUACAGCAAGAUGGGAAACAUGCUGAUAUGUAUAUAUUGGGAAAUUGUUGGUCUCUAGAUUAUUUAGGGAAAGUGUUGAAAAUCUGUGCAUAGUUUCACUGUUUUUCUUGGAAGAGAGGAUGCCCCUUCUGACCCUAUCAGCAGUAAUUAAGAGCUCCUUGUGGACAGGGAAUAGACCUGUCUAUAGCUGCUAAACGUAUAGUGGAUUUAUUAUCCUCACCAAAGUGACAUCAUUACCAUUUGUAACAUGGAGAAUCCAGCUAUAAAUCUCACAUACAGUAUGUUUCGAUAGCUUAGAAAAUGGAAAAGACUCCCAUAAACUAAGGACUAUACAAUGUAAAUGAUCUUUUUCACAGCAAUACCCAAGACCAUUACAGUCUAGGCAUCAAGUUGACACUUUAGUCCCCAGUGAAAUACAAUAAAUGAGCAUAUUGGGGUUCAGUGUCUGUUUUUCACUUCAGGGUAUCACACAGCUAUUGAAUAGGGAUAUAGGAUAUUAUGAAAAUAUGCGAUAACAUUGUUGAAUGUUGCAGCAAUGAGAUGACUUGCAAUAAUUAAACAGACAUUAAAGUGUA